AUGGUUUACCUAAGCUGGACCGAAGAUAGUUUCGGCGCCUUUACCGAUCGAGUAGAGCGAAAGCAUCGUUGCAGUUGGAAGGAGCGGCGAGCGGUCGAGGAGGUCUGUGCGGCGUACGCGCGAAUACAAGAGUGCCUGAAUAGAAUUUGGUAGGCCUGAUCCCGCGCGUGCCAAACUGGGUCUUUGCCUCACGUUUGGCUCUGCAUCGGAUCAGGUGUGUACUUGCGUAUCCAUGUCCCAGUGUGUCUAAUGAUUAACUCAAAACUUUGGCUCUGCAUCGGAUCAGUCAAUUAUUCGAUUUGGUAGUGUCUGUCCCUGCCGCAAGGCAAACAAAGCCUCGCGCGAUAAGACUGGACCGUUCAACCAUUACGCCUCAGCCAUGUCACACAUCAAUGUCGCCUGCACCAAGGCCAUACUCGGAACCUUUUUCGGCAACAUUCAUGCUGGCAAUUGGUCGAUCGCCAAAGAGCCACUGGAGAUGGCACUCGACAGCGACGGUCACCUCGUUCCACUCCAAACGGUCACCACCCUGCCCACGAUGCUCGCUGUCAACGCCUUCACCAAAGCAGGCGUCCUCGACGCAGCCGGCUGGUACAACCACCAGCAGACUCAUCGUGACGCCAAGGCCAAGCAGGACGCGAUCGUCAACAGUGCAAAGGCUCAUCUGAUGAUGUGUGUCGGCCAGGCGACUUACGUCAAGGUGAAGGACCUCCCCGCGCACCAACAAUGGGCCAAGCUCGAAUCGGUCUUCGCCACGACCUCGAGCAUCGCCGUCGAUCGCAGAGCGCGUCUCGUCGAACUAGUCUCCAUGCCUCAGUUUGUCGUCGGCGACGACUUUGAAGCUUGGCUUGCCACCUUCCGAGCGACCGUCAAUGCCAUCAACAACGCGGUCAAGCAGGCCCAACCCUCGACGGCGGCGUGUACAUGCGACCCUCUGCACCCGAUGAUCGUCCGGGACUGGCUGUGCAACCUGAUCCCCGAAGCCUACGCUCUCACUAUCAGCGCACUCGGCGACGACUUCGACAUCGGAAAGUGGGAAAGCCGAGCUUCGAAGUCGUCGCCGACGACGAACUGA